CUCGUUAUAGGCGUGAGGAAUCUACCCCAGCAGUCUAGCAUACCGGCCCAUCAUUGAGCACACAUCUUGGUGGAGAUUCUCUUGCCCAAAUUUCUACUAAUGUAGAGGCACAGCUUGUGGGCACACCGUCUACCAUGGAUGCAUCGACUAGUAGACGUGCCCGUUGUAUGACGUGUGGAUUAGGGGUAUGAGGACUUGUUGAGAAACAUGGGAAGCUACCGGUCUGCAUUGCCCCAGAGUUUUGUGCUCCUGUUGGUGAAUAUGCAGGGAAGCUUGUUAGCCAAAUUGGUGUACAAGUGCGUACGAAUUUGUCCACUAUGAAUGCUUAUAGUUGGAAGAAUGUUGGUAGCGGUGAAAAAGAGGCAAUCAUUCAAAAUGUGGUGGAUCAAUUUGAUAUACAAGGAGAAUCUGUACUUGUGAACAAAUAUCUAAAUACAAAGUGUGGUAGAUUAUUGAACAGCCACUACUACAGUUUGUUUGCAAAGUAUAAAAAACUUGUAAAGGAUGAAGGAAGCACGUAUGCAAGAAACCACCCACCAAAAAAUGUCACACGAGAAAAAUGGAUUGAAUUAAUUGAUGGAAAGUGGAGUGACGAAGAUUGGCUGAAAGUCUCAGAAAGAAAUGCUAAAAACAGAAAUAAAGAGGAAACGGUUGACAAACACAUUCAUAGAUGUGGAAGCAAGUCGCUUGCAGUUAGGAUGGAUGAGGCGAGAUGGAAAAAUGGAGGUCAUAUUCCUAAGGUGGCACAACUCUACUAUGAUACCCACUUCAAUUCAAAGACAAAACAGUGGGUACACCCUGAUUGCAAACAUACAUAUCAAGAGAUGUUGAGAGUACAAGAUGAGCAUUGUAGCACUCCUGAAGCACAGCCUUUGACUGAAGAGGAGAUUUCUAUGAUGGUUCUUAAGCCGAGUUCUGGCUAUGUAAAGGGACUUGGCAUGAGGCCUUCCUCAUCUCUUAAGACUCCUGCCUCAUCUUCCUCAACUCAGUAUACUCAACAACUCGAGGGUCGAGUAGAAGAGCUCCAAGAUGCAAAUUACAAGCUGGAGGAUUGA